UUGUUGUUGAUUGGUUCCAUGAAAAUCUGUCCCAUAGGCGCCCGCGGGGCUCUCUUUUUUAGUCAUUCUCCUGUUUCCCGCCCUCCAACGGCGUAAUCAUGGUGGACGUGAUGGAGUUACCCAAGUCGCGCAUCAAUGCCAGCAUGUUAUCUCAGUUCAUUGACCGGCCAGUCUGCUUCGUAGGAAGACUGGAAAAGAUUCAUCCCACUGGAAAAAUGUUUAUCCUUUCCGAUGGAGAAGGAAAAAAUGGAACCGUUGAAUUAAUGGAGCCACUUGAUGAAGAAAUAUCUGGAAUCGUGGAAGUAGUUGGACGAGUAACAGCCAAAGCAACCAUCAUGUGUUCCUCUUACGUCCAGUUUAGAGAAGAUAACAAUCCUUUUGAUCUCGGACUAUAUAAUGAAGCAGUGAAAAUUAUUCAUGAGUUCCCUCAGUUUUUUCCUUUCAGAGUGCAAAAUGAAUCUUGAGGAAUUUUUUAUGAUUACAAGAAGCUACAUUGAAUGAUACAUGAAUAUUAAAGGAAUCCCUUCAUAUGGGAAGGAAAGAACUCUUUGUAUUUAAUUUGUUGUUUUUAAAAUUCCAUUUAUCAGAUGUUAGAUAUUUCAGUCUGCAUUUUUUGAUGGAACUGGUGUAUUAUUGACAGUUCUCACCUAAGCCCUUUUAUAAAAAAAUUGCUACUACAUUGUACUGUCAGGUAAGAUCCAGCAACAAAACAGUUUGCCUUGUGUAUAUUUUUCUAUUUUAUUAAUAAAAAUUUGGUAUCUGC